UUCCCUCUUCAAAUUUGAGAGAUGACUCUAGUUCAUUAUCUACUUCAUCAUCACCAUCAUUAUUAUUGAUUAAUGCUGUGCUGUAUGACGCAGGGAAAGACAGGCACUCUAUACGGAUACGGAUACGAGAACCGGCAAAACUAAAACUCCGGCUAUCAGCGCGAUAGCAAGAUCGCUGCAGCAAAAGCCCAAGCUCAAGCUCAAGCCAAACUUCCAACCUCCAAUCUGAACCUCCCAGACCGAACACCAUGCCCUCCUCGUCACUAGCAGAAUACCUCGCCAAAAAUUACCUAACGGCCGAUCCAGCGACCGAACGCCCCAAAAAGAAACGCAAGAAGACCAAAACCGUCGACGCCGCGGGAGACGGCCUCAUCAUCGCCGACGACGACCCGCCCGAUCUACGGACGUCGGCGACGAAUUUCGGCAACGAGGACGACGAGGGUCCGAGUCUAGUUACCUCCGUCCGCAGCGCGGAGUUCCGCCGCGCGAAGAAAUCGAAUUGGAAGACGCUGGGUGGUCCCGCGGCGGGCAGCUCGAACGCGAAUGAUGAGCGGGACGCCGCAGAUGCGAUUCUAGCGUCCGCUGCGGCGGAGAGCGCCGCUCGCCGUGGGGAAGGAGAGGAAGGCGACGACGAGGCGCCUGCUGUUGUGGACGAGGCGGACGCCGACGACGGAGGAGAGCUGCGGAUGGAGUCCGGUGCUCGGGCGGGACUGCAGACGGCGGAACAGACGGCGGCGAUGGUAGCUGCGCAGGAACGACGGAAGAAGGCGGAGGCGGCGCGGCAUCGAGAGCGUCCGGCGGAGGCGCAGGAGACGAUAUACCGAGAUGCGUCUGGGCGGAUCAUCAACGUUGCCCUGAAGCGGGCGGAGGCGCGGCGGGCGGAGCAGGAGAAGCGCGAGAAGGAAGAGGCAGCCAAGGAGGCGCUGAUGGGCGAUGUGCAGCGGGCGGAGCGGGAGGCGCGCAGGCAGCAGAUACAGGAGGCGCGGGCGAUGCCGCUUGCGCGGACGAUCGAGGACGAUGCCCUGAAUGAGGAGCUGAAGGCGCAGCAGCGGUGGAAUGAUCCUGCGGCUGGCUUUCUGACCAAGACGAAGGGACCUGGCGCGAGUGUGACAGGGAAGCCGCUGUAUAAGGGGGCUUUUCAGCCGAAUCGGUAUGGGAUUCGUCCGGGACAUCGAUGGGAUGGGGUGGAUCGGGGGAAUGGGUUCGAGAAGGAGUGGUUUGCAGCGAGGAAUAAGAAGGGGAGACUGGAAGCGUUGGAUUACCAGUGGCAGAUGGAUGAGUAAAUUGUAUUGGAGGGAGUGGUUAUCUGUACGGAUUCGGUGUGGAUAUGGUGCUGGACACCUUGAUGAUAUACGGUUGUUCUCAUUUCAAAUAAUACAUACAGCUUCAUCGAAGGGCGACAUCUGGAGACUAAGUCGCAAACUUGAUGCCUUCAGACUACCUCAGAUUUCUGUUUACAUGCGUCCAGAAGCCCAUGACUGCGUGCGGCAGUGGUCAAUUUCCUGUCAAGGAUUCUGGCAUUCUUAUACAGUGCAUAGACACUCACUUCUCUCUCUUUCUGGCCAGCACAAGUUGAGCGUUCAUCGAAUAUCGCAAGCAAAGCACUGAUCCCGUCCCCUCUGUUGCUGUAUUCGAGCUACUCGCAUUUGG